AGAUCAGAUGGCUUUCUUCAUUCCAGACAGAAAACAAAAAUUCUGAAGGAAAGAGAAAUGGCACUUAGAUCAUUCAAGAGUGGGAAGACGCCAAUUCUAGUAGCGACAGAUGUGGCAGCACGGGGUCUUGAUAUACCCCAUGUGGCUCAUGUGGUGAAUUUUGAUCUUCCAAAUGACAUUGAUGAUUAUGUUCACAGGAUAGGACGAACAGGACGAGCUGGAAAAACAGGGCUUGCUACUGCUUUCUUUAACGAAAAUAAUAUGUCAUUAGCAAGACCUUUAGCUGAUCUAAUGCAAGAAGCAAAUCAAGUAGUACCUGCGUGGCUCACUCGUUAUGCUUCACGGGUUUUGCAUAGUGGUGGCAAGAAUCGGCGCUCUGGAGGAGCCCGAUUUGGUGGUCGUGAUUUCAGAAGAGAGGGUUCUAUUAACAAGGGUACAGAAUAUUAUGGAGGGAACAGUAACGGUGGAUAUGGGGUUCCUGCUGGUUUUGGUGGGGGGUACAAUCCAUCCGUGGCUAGUGCUUGGGAUUAGUAUCAUACCAUUUUCUGGAUUCAGAUCUCUUCUUUUGUCAUGCGUAAAUAAAGUUCUUUUCACAAUUCAAGGAUUAAAUCUUUUUAUCCUCCAGUAGCCUUUAAUUGUCUUUUAUGCAGAAGUUGCUGUGGCGUUAAUCCCUGGCCUUCUCAAAA